AUGCUUUACCUAUCCUCAUCUGCGUCUGUUGACGGUUCGGAUAGCGUCGUGCACUCUGUGCCGCUUGUGCUACACAGCAAGUCGCCCUCUUCCGCCGCGAGCAAUGAUCGCAUAGCCAUCUCCAAUGCGAAUUCGGAUAGCAUACAGAUUAUCCAACGCCCCGAGCCACUAGAUGUUGAUAUCGGCCAGACCUUGACGGCCGCUAUUCGAAGAUUCUCCGGAGUGCAGCCCACCACCGAGAAGUCGCACGGCUUCUCCAACCUGGAAGAUGCGCUGACGCAGGCAGCUGUGAUUGUGCGCUACAAUGCAAAAUGGCUUGCCGAAUCAGAAAUCGUCGCGCUCUUGCAGUGCACCAUUGAUGCUGCCGCGACAACAUCCACCUCCGCAGAGCUCUCUGCCGCCGUUAACCUCGUCGACACUGUGACAGUGUAUUCACUACUGCCUUCGCAAUGUCUCAAAGAUGUAGUGAAGUUCUUAUCGCAAGUCUACUAUGCCGCUACACGGGCUCACAAGACAAACAAGCUCGCUCAAACGACAUGGACCGUGUUGCUACACCUGCUUGAAUCCCACCUCGGCGAUCAAGUAGUCGUCGCCCUUCUCGACAUCUUCGAAUCUGCAGACGAAACCCAACUCGAGUCCCGGAUCGGUUAUGCUCAGCUCGCUGGCGCGCUUCUCAUCGUCUCCGAGAACCUUUUCGAAGGGGUCAAUGACAGCGAGCAUUCUACCAUUCCAUCUGUCACCUUGACACAGCUCCUGGAUACUCUUUGGCCCGCCGUUGUCAAUGGUACCGACAGCGUCAGAGUGGCGAUCAUGGAGACGAUGCAGACUUUGCUUCUACAUGAAAGCGCCGUCGUGGAUCUCGACGCGCACUGCAGCUGGGAUCUUCUAUUGGAGGUGCUGGAGCCUUGCAUCACGCUGACCCCGGACGACCCCGGUGCGAAAACUUUGGUCAAGACUUUAGUGUCAAGGGCGGCGCACUUCGAAGAAAGGAAUCUUCCGAUAGUGGCAAAUUUGGCCAUAGACCUCAACUUACCGCUCCCGGCAUCUCUUUCGGAUGCAAUGCUUCCGUUGUGGGAAGAGGUCUUGCCAACGAGAGAUACUCCAAACGCCUUCUCACGGCUACUCACAAAACUUUGCCGAUCCAGCCAGUACACCUCGGAACUCAGCACACUGAUCGACAGAAGUGCUGUGGACAUAUUCCUGCGUGGUCCCGGAAAUCGAUACUUUGCCACCUUCGUUCAGACCGUCCAGAACUUGGUGAUCGAUCCAGCGACGACGCAAGAUGCUGCAGACGUGCUGGCCCAAGCGCUCGUCAUGAUGUUCAGACACACAGUGCGCUUCCCGGGACUGCAGCAAGAUCUCGAAACGCUCUUCCAGGCUCUAUGCAAGACAUCACUCCGCUGCGUCUCUGCAGCGGAAGCCAUGUUCUCAAUUCGUGCCGAUGUUGAAGGCUCUGUUUAUGUGGAGUCGGGCUUGUUGUCGAAAUUGUUCCCGGCGCACAGCGAAUCGACUUCGGUGUCUGCAGUGAUGCACGAUGCGUCCGCACUUCCGUUACACGCCUGGCACGAUGCCAUCUUGACCGUUCUAGAUGGCCAAGUAGAAUGGAACGUGUACCGUUGCUUUCUAGAGAAGCUCCCUUCUCACCUCGGCAACCAUACCAUGUUCGAUCCCAGGAUAGACUUUAUCCUGAGUGUACGGCGAAAGGCAUGCAACUUGCUCGAGUCCGGCGCUUAUCCCGAACCUCCGCCAGAAAGCGGACUCACCAAGUCGCACGUUACCGUAGCUUUGCUGCACAUCCUGACAGCAGCCCUCAGCUAUCAUCAAUUCCUCUCAAAGAAUGACACUCUGGAGAUGGUGUCAAUCUUCCUCAACAUUGCCGGAUCGCGGGACUACGUCGUCAGCACGUCUUGCAUUCAUGCUUUGACCAUUUGCUGCUACGAGCUGCCGGACCUCAUGACAAGCUACAUGGACGAUGUCAUUGAUAAGAUGUCGAAACUGGUGACGCAACGCUACCUUGCGAUCCACGUGUUGCUGUUCUUGGUUGGCCUGUCCCGGCAAUCCAAGCUCUUCCACAACUUCCAAACGCACGACUUCAAAAAGAUCUUCGGGGUGUGCGGAAGCUAUCUGCAGUCAAUCCGAGGGACGAGCGCUCUGGAUGAGCGGCCGUCUUCACUCCCAAGCGAUCAGACGAGCAGCAUGAGUGCCGAGUCCUCUGACACUCUGCCGCAGUACGUGUAUGCGCUCGCACAUCAUACCAUUGCCUUUUGGUACCUGGCUUUGAAGCCUCACGAUCGCGUCCUCAAAGAGUACAUUACGAGCUGUCUUCGGUAUACGACUGCGAGCGGGCAGGAAAUCGUUGAGGAUCAAGGAUUAGUGACCAUCGAUCUCAUGGACGGCGUCGAUGCUGCUGAGUCAGGGGUCGCCAGUGAUGCUGAUCAAGCACGCUUUGAAGACCUUGACGGUAGGAUUACCGUGUUGGAUCGCCUUUCUGGUUUGUUUCUUUUGACGACCGAGACCGCAUUGCGGACUGGCAAGACCAUUCUGACUGUCCGCCGUGCCACGGGAACGAUGCGCCGUGUCAUUGAAGCAAGCGGGCGUUCGGCCAGUGUCAGAGCUACGAUGGAGGGCUCAGAAGACAACUUCAUCUCCAUCUUUCCGGACGACAUCAACGGACGCACGUAUGGCAAGAUUCUGGUGCCAGCUCCGACUUCCCUCUUAGGAUCUCCGCACGCUGCCACGCUACCAGAAGAUCCGGCAGUCCAAAGAGCGAUACAGAUCUUCGAUCGCACAUCUGCUCUUGACUCCCACAAAGCAGGCGUCAUCUACAUUGGCGAAGGACAAAGCACAGAGGACGAAAUUCUGCAAAACUGCAUGGGCUCGCCAGACUACCACGAAUUCGUCCUCUCCCUCGGAACACUUACACGCCUCAAAGACGCCGCCUUCAACACCCAAGGCUUGGACCGCAUGGACAACGCCGACGGCGAGCACACCAUAGUCUGGCACAACACGCUGACGGAGCUCGUCUUCCACCUGCCGACCUUCAUGCCGAACAACGAGGAUGUCCACCUCAACACGGCUAACAAGAAGAAGCACAUCGGCAACGACUACGUCAACAUCGUGUUCAAUAAUUCCGGCUCCCCCUUCGCUAUGGACACCUUCCCCUCGCAAUUCAACUACGUCUACAUCGUCAUCACCCCCUCGGCCCGCACGCGCUUCAUCCAAACCCGCACGCAAAGCACGGAGACGGAUCGCAAGGAUCGUUUCUACGCCGUGCAGGUGCUCACGCGCGCGGGAUACCCGACUGUGUCGUCCGCGGCGGAAGAGAAGAUUAUCAGUGGGAGUUCGCUGCCGGACUACGUGCGCAACUUGGCGCUGAACGAGUGCAUUUUGUCUUUGAUGUGGGCGCAUCGCGAGGAGCCGGGCGAAUAUCCGAGCUCUUGGCGCAGUCGACUGUUGCAGAUUCGGCGAUUUUGGGAGCGGUAUGGGGACUCAUAA